AUCAGAGUUAUGCCUUGCACGUGAACAUGGUCAAAAAGUCCUAGUGUUUUCCAACAAGGAGCACCUUUAUCCACAUCAUAAUUCAACUACAUUACCGUUGAAGCCCCCCAUUAGAAAAUUCCCCACAUUAGAAAAUUGAACCACACAUUUGCUAUAAAAGAGGACUCAUUUGUGAAAACAAAGACAUCAGAUCAUUUUUGCAGUAGAGCUUAAAUCCCUCUUUCUUCAUAGAUUUAUUGGAAACUGAUUUUUAAAGAGCAGUUGUGGAAAUGGGUACUCAAAAAAUUGCCGUGAUCAUAAUCUUAGGUCUGCUACUGGCAACAAAUCCUCUAGCAGAUGGAGGUAUUGGACAAUGGUGUAUAGCAGAUCCACAGGCACCACCUCAAAUAUUGCAGGGAGCUUUGGAUUGGGCUUGUGGAGCAGGUGGAGCAGACUGCACUGCAGUUCAAUGGAACCAGCCCUGCUUUGAGCCCAACACACUGGUUUUCCAUGCCUCUUAUGCUUUCAACAGCUACUGGCAAAAGAACAAGCACAAAGGUGCUUCCUGCCAUUUCAAUUCUGCUUCAUAUGUCACAGAGAGCAAUCCAAGUAGUGGGGGAUGCAAGUAUAUGUAUGUGCCUUGAGGUUUACUUCUGGGACGGCAGAUUACAUGCCUUUUCUGGCUCAUAUCAUUAUUCGGUCAAGUCAUAUGUUACAUAGGUUUUUAGGAGAUCUGGAAUUUCAAGAAAUUUGUUGCAGGAAUAAGUGCUGCAUUUCCUCUGCAAUUCAGUGAGAGUAAUUGAAUGCAAAAGGCAAUGCUCUGUGUUUAAACAACUUCACAUUGUGUAAUUGGGUUAUGAAGAUCAGAUUUGGUAUGUAAUGAAAAAAUGAUUGAUAUUGGUGUUGCUCUUCAAAUUCGUAUGAAAAAUGGACAAUACAAGAGCAAAACAGAACAAUUCUGCUCUGCAUUCUAAAGAGUUAUGUGGCUGAUUCUGUCAUUGCAAGAAAAAAAGUUAUAGUGCCUUACUGCAAGGAAAUUGGAAUAUUUUCACUUCCUUUUUAAAAAUCUGCAAUGGAAUACUUUUAUAAAAAUUGUCUUUAAUUCAAUGUUUUGAUACUUAUCUUU